AUGAUCAAAAUUGGUCUUGGUCUUGCAGUCUCGCAAGACUCUUGUUACAAGACCAAGACCGAGACCAAGAUGGUGUUGGCACUGGCAAGACCAAGACCAAAACAAUACCAACGCUGCAAGACCAAGACUAAAACAAGACUAGCACUGCAAGACUCUAGCAAUUUUUUUUUCUACCAAAAACACAUUAGUGGAUCUAGAUUUAAUUAA